CCAACUACUCUACCACCUCCAACUUUUCAGACCGCAUAGCAUAUCCCCCACCCUUUCUACUUCUUCCCUUCCUCCGCUCUCGCCACCCUCAUGCUCUUUAUAACCCGCACCACCUCAUCCGCCGCAUCGAUCCUCCCUCCCUCAAUCGCUCAAACUGCAUUCUACAACCUAGCUAGCAUUCGGAAAUCGUUUCCGUGCUCACCACGUACUCACCAGCGCAGCGCGCCAUGAUGAUUCUUGAGGCGGCAGCAUUCCUUCUUCUAACCGCCGCCGCCGCCGCCGGCGGCGCGAGCACCGUGGUGGAGCCUGUCGCGUCGUGCUCCGCCACGGACAGCUUCGCCGCCGACAGCUCCUUCGCCGGUAACCUGGGGCGCCUCGUCUCGCUCCUGGAGGCCAAGGCCCCGGCCAUCGGGUUCGACAUCGCCACGGUCGGGGUCGGCGGCGAUGGGGAGGAUCAGCGCGUGCACGGCCUGGCGCUCUGCCGCGGCGACGUCGCAAGGGCAACGUGCGCCGAGUGCAUCCGGGCGGCGGGUGCGCUGGCGCGGCGCGUGUGCCCGUCCAAGAAGGACGCCGUCGUCUGGCUCGACGCCUGCAUGCUCCGCUACUCCGGCGAGCCAUUCUUCGGCGAGGUCGACGCCGAGCACCGCGCCGUCGUCCCGCCGGCCCGCGUCCUGCGGGGCGCGGACAGGUCGGCCGACCUCGACAGGGAGGUGUCCCGGCUGAUGAAGCGGCUGACGAGGACGGCCUACCUGUCGCCGCUGCUGUUCGCCGCCGGGGAGGCCGUGGCGGUCGGCGGUGCGCAGAGGCUGCACGGGAUGGCACAGUGCACCAAGGACCUCUCCGGCGGCGACUGCAAGAUGUGCCUGGAAUCCGCCAUUGAUCAACUGCUGGCGAGGGGUUGCGCCAAGGAGGGAGGCAAAGUGUUGGGUGGAAGCUGCAGCUUGAGAUACGACUUCUACUCCUUGUCUGAUUCCUAGGCUAAUUUGGAUUUUGCAAUUUUAAACUUGUAAUUAAGGUGACCACAUUGUGCAUAGAGAUUCCCAUGUAAUCACAUACUACUACUACUACUAGUACUCCUACAAGAAAGAGCUCUGCUCAUAAAUAGAGCAGAAUAUUGUCUUUCAAUUUUGACAAUUUUCAAUUUUCUUUGGACACUAACAUCGUGAAAUGUGAGCAUCAUCGAUCGUCAUGAAUAUGUGAUUUGAAUCAAAUUUGAAUC